UUGGCUGAGAGCCAACAGAGCAAUUUUAGCUAAAAGCUGCUCCAACGAUGGAGGAGAGAGAGUGUGCUGCGUGACUUGCCCUUUUGUUACCUGGACAAGUAAGGCAACACCCACCUCUAGUCACAUGCAAAAGGAAGUAUGUUCCAGCCAGGAAGAAACAGGAAUUUUCAACUGGCUGGAGCAAACAUUCCCCUCCAUGUCCAGUCUAGGAAAACAAGGAAUGUUGUAUUUGACUGCUACUUAUGUCUCACAUCCCACAAGAAGGAGAGCUGAAUACAGUAGGACCAGGCGGGGCUAACACCCUAAACUAGCUCCCCAACCACCUUGGUAUCCUCCAGAUUCUGCUGUUGGACUCCAGUUCCCAUCAGCCCCAGCCUGCACAGCUAUUGGUCAGGAUUGAUGGGACUUGCAGCCAACAAGUGUCUGGUAGACACCACACUGGGGAAAGGCUUCUCUAACCCCUGCCUUCAUUUCGUUGCCACCACAGAUCCCUGCAAAUACCAUGGGGAAGUCGGUGGAAACUUUGUCAUUGUGUACUGUCCCUUGGAUAAUGCAAAUGUCACAGAAGUUUUCAGAAGACCAGAGGUGAUGGACCAGGAUCCAGGCUGCGUCAACAGCACCAGCCUUCCCACUCGGUGCCAACAGCAUGUGAUCUUGGAUAAAAACUGUUCCUCACUCGCUGACUGCCUUGAGUGCGGAGAGCCAUGCCCUGUGCAAAAACUCACCCAAAGGGACCAGACCAACCAUUCUGUAACGCUUCACUGGCAAAUCUCCAACGACUGCUGCUACAAGGCGCACAGAGGCAGCGCUACGACAGUCCUUAAAGCCAGCAUCAGUAACUGCACAGCCAACAUCCCAAAACUGUCGCCUGGGCAGAACUACAACAUGACAGUGUUCAGAAAACUGGAUGGACGGUGCAGCAAGGAAUCAUCCAUCACUGCCUUCACCUGCCCUUCACCUGUCCUGUACAUCAAUAUACAGAAUCGCACGGUGGAUGCGCUGCAGAUUGAAUGGGCGGCGCCCAAGGACCCUCAUGCCAGCCUCUAUAGAUACAUGGUCUGCUUGCCAGAGUGCCACAACACCUUCGGAAGCUUGCUUUGGGUGAACAACCUGACAGCAGGCAAAACAUACACCGUUGAGGUCUUCGCCGUUUCUGCCAACAACGUCUCCAGCAUCGGGAGCACCAAACAGGCCACCACAGCUCCAAAUGCUCCCGAGAAUAUAAGCAUAUCGCAGUGCGAGACCAACAGCAUCCCUGUUUCCUGGGAUCGGCCCAAAGACCCCUAUGCCACACACUAUUCGUACAGGGUGAGCUGGGACGGCGGAAAAGGCGCAAACCUGUCGGGGAACAAAUCGGUUGGAGUCAAUUGCCUCAGCUACAACAUCACACAACUCCAGCCAGGGAUCCUGUACUCAGUGAAGCUGGCCUCCAAGAUCGGCAGGGUUAAGAGCAAAGAAGCCAGCAAAUGGGCUCUGACAUGCCCCUUGCCCCCUACAGAUUUCAGGGUCCGCAAUAGCAGCCAGACAGAAAUUGAAUUAUCCUGGAGGAAGCCGAGCUCAGCUUUCAGCAGCUUCCUGCUCCGGUGGAAGAACCUGAACGAGUCCAACGACAAAGAAAUGCGCCUUGGCACUUCCACGGAGAUGACUUUGAGAGGUCUCACUCCAAGCUCCAACUACACCUUCACUUUGCUGAGCGUAGCAGAAGGAGAAAACAAGACCGCGUACAGCGUUGGCGUUCUGCAAGAAGGGGCUACAAAGCCAGACCACGUGAAUAAUUUGAAGUGUGAUUCCUCCAUGUGGGGCGACCGUCUGGUAUUGUCCUGGACGUGCCCAGCCAGCGAGGUCAGUAAAUUGCAGGUCUGUCUGUCAGACCAGCUUGUCCAGGAAUGGACCAUCUGCAAAGAGGAGACGGAGAUUGACAACCUGCAACCCGCCUGGAGCUACUUGGUCCAAGUGCAGACGUUCUGGUAUGAGCAGGAGGCAGCGUCCGCCCAGAAGAUGUGCACCACCAGCAACGCAGGGGUCAUCCUUGAAACUCUGCUCCCUGUGCUGCUUUUCUCAGUCCUCCUCAGCCUGCUGCUGUUCUAUUUCUGGAGGAAAAGGACGAAGAAUGUCUUGGAGAAACAGAAAGCAGAUAUGGGACUGCCUGGAGCCCUGGACUCUGUGCCUGUGUUGGCUUUCCCAGCUUACUGCCACGAGCGCUUCUCCAACAGCGGCUUUGGUUUUGCAGAGGAAUACCAGCAGCUGCAGGACGUGGGGACAGGACAGCCCCAGAGCGUGGCAGAGCGGCCUGAAAAUCAAGUCAAGAAUCGCUACAGCAACGUUCUGCCAUAUGACCACUCGCGAGUUCAGCUCACCAUCAAAUCUGGAGACCCCAACUCAGAUUACAUCAAUGCAAGCUACAUGCCUGGCUUUGAGAGGGAAAAGGAGUUCAUAGCAGCCCAAGGCCCACUGCCUGGAACACUGUACGACUUCUGGCGCAUGAUAUGGGAGCAGCAGAUCGUGACCGUGGUCAUGCUCACUAACUGCGCCGAGAACGGACGGGUGAAAUGUGAACGCUACUGGCCUCUGGACUACACACCCUGCACCUACGACAACAUCACAGUGUCCGUCGUCACAGAGACAAUCCUCCCUGAUUGGACCAUCCGGGAUUUCACUAUCAAGCAGGUGAACCUAUCCGAGGUCCACCUGGCCAGGCAUUACCACUACACAUCGUGGCCGGACCAUGGGGUGCCCAAAAUCACAAGCACCAUCCUUCACUUCCGAGACCUCGUGAGGGCCCACAUAGAGGAGCACAGAGGCGCUGGGCCAGCUCUGGUACACUGCAGCGCAGGUGUUGGCCGGACGGGGACGUUCAUCUCCCUGGACUCCCUGCUGCGCCAAGCCCAGGUCACGGGGGAGCUUGGAGUCUUCUCCUUUGUUCGGAAGCUGAGGAUGAAUCGUCCGCUCAUGAUUCAGACUGAGUCCCAGUUCGUCUUUCUUCACCAAUGUCUCCUGGAUGCCCUCCAGCCUCCUCCUCAGAGCGACAGUGAGAAGACAGAGCACACGGCAGUGUAUGAAAACACCUGGGCCCUGCAAGGCUACGAGGUCUCCCGGGUGUGACAGCCUGUCUUCUUUGGCCAUCGUCCCGGCAAGUGCCCAGGAGGUCCAUGUGCCCAAGGGGAAACCACAGCAGACUUUGGGAUGGGCUUCCCUAGGGAGGGAGAGGCUGGUUCCUAGAGGAGAUGCAGACUCACUUGCGAUCCCUUCCCCAGCCCAGUUUUGACAUGAUUGUGCCAGCCAGCUGAGGAAGUGAUGAGGGGUGUGUGUGUGUGUGUGUGUGUGUGUGUGUGUGUGUGUGUUUGUGUCUCCCCACCCCCUUCUCUCUUUGUGGGUUGGAAGUUAAAUUGCACGCGUUGUAUCUGUCGGGAACAUACGAAAUGGAAAUGUGGAGCUUAGGAUUGAGAAGCUGAGAGGAGCCUAAAUGGACAGAUUUGCUCUUGCAGUGAGCGACCUGUCCUUUGGCUUUAUGGGUGAAAGGCAGGUACGGAAUUUUACAAAUAAAAUGAAAUAACCGAUCAGCACGCAUAUAUCUGAGGAUACAACUGUGCUAGCUCUUCUGCAGCAGCUCUGGAGGCAAAUGGUAGCUUCAAGUGUGUGGGGGGUGAUUUUUGGUGGGGGAACAUAAUGGGGGACUGGGACAAGCCCCCCUUUUCCCCACUGCACCGCUCUAACAGCCCAUCUCAGGCUUCCCAAGGUAAGGAGAAGUAGAGGAGGAUUCAAAGGUGUGCUUAAUGUCACCUCUGGAUUGACCAGGGGUUAAAGUGGGUGGGGGAGAGGGAAAGAAGAUGCAUCUAGCAAAUGAAAUUAGCAGGAUCUAUCAUGAAGAAACUUAUAAUGAGCUUAAUCAAAAGCAGGGAAGCCUCCAGCAGCGUAGAGAGCAAACAAUGGGCGAUGAUUGGCAACCACUUGUCUUAUCUAUAGGAAGGCAAACCCACUUAGCUCAGUUGGUUAGAGCAUGGCGCUGAUAAUGCCAAGGUUGCAGGUUCAAUCCCUGUAAGGGCCAGCUGCAUAUUCCUGCGUUGUGGGGUGGGGGUGUGGACUAGAUGAUCCCUAGGGUCCCUUCAAAUUCUAUUAUUCACCCCAAGAAGAAACAAAUUCAACUUUGUCUAUAAGUCCACAGCACUGGACUUGAGAGCCAGUGUGGUGGAGGGGUUAGUGUGCCGGACUAUGACCUGGGAAACCAGGCUUCAA